GGAUAAAGGAAAUUUCUUUUUCCUAUCAAACUGCAAAAUGCCAAAUUGUCAAUACAUACACUUGUAAAACCAAACUUCAUCAUACCAGUAGCGUCUUCAACUUUAAUACCACAAAGUCCAUCGCCAUCUCCGUCGAAUCACAACCCUUCCAUAUCAUCGCAUCCAUGGCGCCAGUUACUAGUGAACACGGCUACGAUCGUCUAUCAGAAGUGAAAAAAUUCGACGAAUCAAAAAUCGGCGUAAAGGGAUUAGUAGAUUCCGGCGUCACCACCAUCCCCAGCUUCUUCCACCAACCACCGGAGAAUCUCCCUGGUCCAAAACCUAAAAACCGACCGAAAUUAACCGUGCCUGUCAUCGACUUAUCUGCAGAAAGAUCAACCGUUGUCGAAGAAAUUCGACGAUCAGCUUCCACACUAGGGUUUUUCCAGAUCGUCAAUCAUAGCAUUCCAACAACACUAAUCGAUUCUGUUCUUAAUGGUCUGAAGAGUUUCUUUGAGCAACCGACGGAGUAUAAGAUGCAAUUCUAUCACAGAGAAGCAGGGAAAGGAGCAGCUUAUUCUACAAAUUUUGACUUGUACCAGUCAAAAGCUGCGAGCUGGAGAGACACGCUUCAGGUGAGGAUGGCGCCCGUAGAACCGGAUUGGGAUGCGGUGCCGGAAAUGUGUAGGGAGGCACUGAAGGAGUGGGACAAGGCGGCGGUGGGGUUAGCAGAAGAAUUGAUGUCGAUUUUAUGCCAAGGAUUGGGAGUAAAGAGCGACAGGUUAAAGGAGUUAUCAUUUUUGGAAGCAAGGGUAGAUGCUUCCCAUUAUUAUCCCCGGUGCCCACAGCCAGAUCUCACGGUGGGGCUCACCGCCCACACCGAUCCCGGCGCACUAACCGUCCUGGUGCAGAACGAGGUCGGUGGAUUGUUGCAGGUCAAGUGUGGUGACGACUGGGCUGACGUCGAGGCAGUCCCCGGCGCCGUUGUUAUCAACAUCGGCGAUCUGCUUCAGAUGAUGUCUAAUGAUGAAUACAAAAGCGUGGAACAUCGAGUAUUGGCAAACCCUGUUGAAGGUGCACGUGUCUCUGUUGCCGUGUUUUUCAAUCCAAGCAACCGAGAGGGCACGUAUGGGCCGUUCCCGGAGGUGAUAUCUGCUGAGAAACCGGCGGUUUACAAGGAAUUUACAUAUGCAGAUUACAUCGGAAGAUUUUUCAGGAAGGAGCUUGACGGAAAGACGUUGACCAAUUUCUACAGAAUCGAUAACAAAACAGGUUGAUGUAAUAGUAAAAAAUGGAUUGUUGUAUUCAUAUUAUUAUUUACAUGUUGUAUAGAAUAGAAUAGAACAAAACACAGUGAUACAUGUAUGUAUACUUGUUGUGAUAUGAAAAAUUACUCUCAUCUUUUGAUCGAA